CGGCGGGUGCGCGGGGCCGCUGGCUGCUACCGCUAGCCCUCUGGGUGCGUCUCUCGCUGCGACCCUGGCUUCUGGCCCCGGUGGCGAGAUACCCGGGCCAGGCGCGGCUCUGGCCAGACCCGUGAGGUGACCUUCGUCCAGUCCCCUGUCGCGCCAAGCCGCGGCGCCGGUCUGUGCGCGGGCCUAUCAGAGAUCCCUCUCCAGCGGUUUGAGAACACCGACUGCACUGGCCCCACAUUCUGCUCAGUAGCAGGGGGAGUGUCCUGCCGCCUGGCCCAGGGGCGGGGCCGGAGGAGAUGCCCCUGCAAGUGAAAUGGCCAUUCCCCGCGGUGCCGCCGCUUACCUGGACACUAGCCAGCAGCGUCGUCAUGGGCCUGGUGGGCACCUACAGCUGCUUCUGGACCAAGUACAUGAAUCACCUCACCGUCCACAACAAGGAGGUGCUGUACGAGCUCAUCGAGAACCGAGGCCCUGCCACCCCCCUCAUCACCGUCUCCAAUCACCAGUCCUGCAUGGAUGACCCUCAUCUCUGGGGGAUCCUGAAACUCCGCCACAUCUGGAACCUGAAGUUGAUGCGUUGGACUCCUGCUGCUGCAGAUAUCUGCUUCACCAAGGAGCUACACUCCCACUUCUUCAGCUUGGGCAAAUGUGUGCCUGUGUGCCGAGGAGACGGUGUCUACCAGAAGGGGAUGGACUUCAUUUUGGAGAAGCUCAAUCAUGGGGACUGGGUACACAUCUUUCCAGAAGGUAAAGUGAACAUGAGUUCUGAGUUCCUGCGCUUCAAGUGGGGAAUUGGGCGCCUGAUUGCUGAGUGUCAUCUGAACCCCAUCAUCCUGCCACUGUGGCAUGUUGAAAAUCACCGUGCUGAUUGGGAAGCCCUUCAGUGCACUGCCCAUGCUAGAACAUCUCCGGGCGGAGAACAAGUCAGCUGUGGAGAUGCGCAAAGCCCUGACGGACUUCAUUCAGGAGGAAUUCCAGCGCCUGAAGACCCAGGCAGAGCAGCUCCACCACCACCUCCAGCCUGGGAGAUAGACACCACUCUGCCUGGCCCCAGGGUCACCCUGCUGGGUCCCCUGAGGCUUGGGGAAGAGGCACUACUGGGACUCCAGCCCCAGCCUGGCAGGCUGUCAGUGCUGCCUUUGGAUUCCUGCUCCUCACAGAACUGGGGCUGAGGGAUGGACUGAUGCUUUAGCUCAGAUAUAGUCUUAAGACAGACCAUCUCAUAAUCCCUACUGGGUGCCCUCUUAUGUAGCUCCUCCAUGGUUCAUCAGUUAAAGAAAGGGCCUCAAUGCCAGGCAUAGCCUAUAAUCCCAGCAACUCAGGAAUCUGAGGCAGGAGGAUCACAAGUUCCAGGCCAGCCUCAGCAACUGAGAAACUCUGUCUCAAAAUAAAAAAUAAAAGGGGCUGGGGAUGUAGCUCAGUGGUAUUAGCACCCCUGGGUUCAAUCCCUAGUAUAAAACAAGAGGAAGCCUCAGCAGUUCCUCCCACUUGGCCAAGAAGGGAGGAAGAAACAGGCAGGGGGUCUCCCUCUUGCUUUCUGAUGUUCUGUCCAGGGACUGGCAUUGGGAGGGAGCAAAGCAGGCAGGUGAGCAAGUAGUUGCGUGGGGGAGCAGGUGGCCUGUCUGGAGCUGUGGUAGGAGGUCCGUAAGACCCCUCAGCCUGACUCCCACCCACCCUUGCCAAUCCAGGAGCUGCUCACUACCUCCUCAGGGAUGAAUAUUGGCCAUGUCUUCCUUCUGCUGAGCUUCCCCUAUUGCAGGGCCUGUAAUGGGCCAGGGCCAGACCUCAGGUGGCCUGCACACAGGAAGAACACUCCUUGGCCAGAAGUCAAGCCUAGCCGAGUAGAGCCUGCAGCAAGGGCCUGAGACGUGUCUGCUUGCCCCAGUUGCAGGGCCCACCAACUUCUCGAUCCUUUCUGCUUUGGUAUCCCUCGUGUCCUGGGGUCUGGGUUUUUGAUUUUUUUAAAUAAUAAAGCAUCUGUGUUGUGCCA